AUGCCUCCCCCGCGGGGGCCGGGGCUGGGCCGGCGGCGGUGCCGUGUCCCGUCCCCUCCCACCGUGGAGCCAAGUUCAAACCGCGGGCCCCGGCGGAGCGGGACGCGGGGCCGGGCCGCGCUCCCCGGGGCCGCCGCAGGGGCCGCGCCCGCGGGGCUCCAUGCUCAGAUUUUCCCCCGGGCUCUCUCCUCUGCUGUUCUGCUGCUCCUGCUCGUGGCCGUGCUGAGCAGAGGCAGGAGGUGCAGCAUCGCCAAAAUCCUCCAGCAGUACCGCGCUGUCAUCUUCCAUGAGAUCCAGAACCUGAAAAACCUGAGUGGGUCGGUGCACAGGAGCGGGAGGGCUGGGCCGGCUUGUCGUUCAGACAAGGACCAGAAGAUCCUGCUGUCCAUCUACAACAUCAGCAUGUCCCUGAGGGAGGUGGGGGCUGGCACCCUGCACAGCCAUGAGGAGCUGGCGGUCUGGAAGGUGGCCAAGAACACCGACUUUGUGCUCCGGGAGAACUGCAGGAAAAUCAGCAAGACCCCGUUGCGCAGCACCCCGGCACAGCCCCGGCGCGGGGGACCCGGCCGCAGGAGGAAGCAGCUGCGGGAGAUCGGGAGGAAGGCGGACAGGCUGGCGACCUGCUGGGAGAAGCUCUAUGCCCUGCACGCACCCCACCAGGCACCCCGGCACUCGUAGGGACGCCCUCGCCACGCGCGGGAGGGACGCACUGCCCCGGCACCGGCUGCUGGUGGCUCCUUUGGGAACCUGGGACAAACUCAGCCCUGAGGGCAGCGGCGUU